AUGACAAGAGUGAAGGAGGAGUUGGACGAGUUCAACAUCCACGUGGCCAGGCACCGGCCCGAGGAGCUCGCCAAGCUGGCCAAGACCACCAAAUUCACACGCAAGGAGAUCCAGCUCAUCUACCGCGGCUUCAAGCAGGAGUGUCCCACUGGCAUGGUCGAUGAGGAGUCCUUCAAGAAUAUUUUCUCUCAGUUCUUCCCGCAAGGAGAUGCGAGUCAGUAUGCGCAUUAUGUGUUCAACACCAUCAAACAUAAUCAGACAGGGAAAAUUAGUUUUGAGGACUUCCUUGGCAUCCUGUCGAAGGUGUCGAGAGGCAGCGUGCAGGAGAAGCUGCAGUGGAUCUUCGGCCUGUACGACCUCAACGGCGACGGGCUCAUCACAAAGAACGAGAUGCUGGACGUGGUCUCCUCCAUCUACGAGAUGCUGGGCCGCGCCACCGACCCCGUCGUCGAGGAGAACUCCGCCAAGGAGCACGUCGAGAAGAUAUUCCACCAAAUUGAUACCAACAAGGAUGGUGUGGUGACUAUCGAUGAACUGGUGGAAUGGUGCUCACGAGAUGAGCGCAUUCUGCAGUCACUGGAGACUCUCGACACUGUCUUGUGAUCCUUGCUGCUUCAAGAGACUCUGAUGUCCUCUUUGUCCAUGGUGGUUUCUACUCCACUUCUAUCAACACCGGUCUUGGAACACAGCAGUUUGGUAACAUGACGCAGUCCGGCAUCUACAGUGCAUGCCACCUGUUGGCAAGUACUGUAAAUAAAACAUUCAGUGCUGCGAACAGAUGGCGAUCAACAGACGUAGAGGGAAUGGUGCAGUUAUGUGGGCAAUAUUAUCAUGAGAUAGCAUAACACAAUCCCUCCUUCCCAGCAACACCACCAAAUAAACUUUUCAAUGCUGUUUCAGCCAAUGUACAACGGAACCCUGCUCGUGAGUGAAAAGAAGUAUGCUCACUAGGUUUCCACCUGCUAGAUUGACACCACUGAGAACUUCCACUUCCUAUUUGUUGAAGCAGAUUAACAUUGUUAUGAUUGUUUCCAUCACUUUUGCUACAUUUUGUGAAAAAUGCAAGAUGCUUACGUGUGUGUGUGUGUCUGACCUGUACAUUUUUAGCCUUUUGCAGUGCCAUUAAACUAGA